UGAAGAUAGAGAAGAAGAGCACGCAUACAAUCGAAAGGUUUGUAUUGUCUGAACGUUUUACAAUUAAUGAAUGUAGUUAUGAGUAAGAUAUUAUUCUCUACGGUCUUAAAGAGUAGUUAAAGGUUUAAAACCAUCGACCGUUUGCAAGGUUUUAGUAUCCCAAGUCUGCUUUAAAAAAAAAAAACGGUGCUUAGCUAGCAGCUAAGCAUCUCACUCAAUCGUUAGCUAAUGCUAGCUACUUAGCGCCAUCUUUUGGGAAAUAGCAGAACUGCCCUAAAGCAUGACUGCCUUAGAAAAAUUGGACCAAGUGGCGAACGACAUUCUAGCAGCGGCACAAAUAGAUGCAGAUGCUCUGCACACACUUUCAAGGGAAGAUCUCCGGGACCUUUUUCCAGGGCCUGAACAUUUUCGCAGGAGAAAAUCCAUUUGGAUGGUUGUGCAUCCUGUGGAGCAGGCCUCAUCCAGCUCCUGUGCGGCCGACACCCAACAACCCAACACCCCAACACCCAAAUACCCAACAAGUGAAAAUACCAACAUCAAAGAAGAAAGUCCAGCCAAAACAAUACAAUUGCAGGGCUUCCAGUAUGUUAUCUACAUAGAUAGCGAGUUAGAGCACGUUAGGAAACACUAUUUUGAAAUGAAAAUAAUUGGGCGAGGAGGACAGUGUGAGCUCUCUAAAGAGCUUUCCUGUAGGCUGGUUAGACAUACAGUGACAAACAUGGUCUCUGUAGUGAGGGCCACGGCCACCGAAGACUACAUAAAAUACCCUGCCAAAGAAGACCUACAAUCAAUGGCAAGGAGACUUGUUUCAUAUUACCCAAUGUUGUCCGAUAAGCUUGAUCUACAACGUCCAUGGUUCAAACUCUUUAAGCGACUGAACAAGAGGAUGCAAAACAUCAGGACAAGGGGGAAAAAGAGACGCCUUGAGUUUGGAGCCACAGAGGGAGAAGAUGAGGACGAUUUUGAUUCCAGCGCAUCAACUGUCAUUCCUUCCCCAAGUUGCAGUAGCAUCAUCAGCAGCCAAGAAGGGGAUCCCCAAGUCAUAACCAGCACUCCAGUGAAACAGGCCGAUGUUCUUGGACUGAUGAAGAGGGGCGGAGUCGCCGUGUUGGUGGCCUAUAUGGUGCGCCCUGUUCCAGCAGUCCAGGCCCCCCUUCCUUUUUCGCAUCUCUACCUGCUUGCCACGCUGCGACGUUUUGAUCUCCUUUUGGUUAUGUUGUCAAAUAAACCGUGAUCAUUGUGAAACUAGAACCACGCCUCUGUCCUCCAUCAUUGUCUGGUUACCCUAGGCCAUGACAAUGUGGGGGCUCGUCAAACUAUAGCCAUGCUCCGUGUUUUGUUUAGUCGGCUUUGUUUGGUUCCAUUUUAUGAAUGAAUGGACACAUCACGUGAGUAACUCCAGUGAUUGUUUACGUUGGUUACGUAGUAACUGAGCCGAGAUCGUUCCUUUUUUUGGGAGGGCGAGAGGUGUGCGAUAUUGGCUAUUAAAAUGUGUUUUUUGUAAUGUUAAAUGUAAGUGUCGGGCGUGGUAGGUCUGAUCAUGAGUGGUCUCUGAUAGCUGUUCAAUAUCCUACCAACGUUCUAGCGUUGGGUUGUGUUUUCGGAUACAUAGUUUAUUUUGUUUUCAUGUUCGCUGCUCAUGCUCUUGUGACAAGAUAACAAUUGCAGAGCAACGUUUUCCCCAGUUAGAACGCUCCGGCGUUUGCGCCUAGGUUCCAGCGACUGCGUCUGGGCUGGUGGUCACCGCCCUGGAAGGAAGGCUGAAUCGACAUAGUCGGAUUGGCUGGAACUCCAGCGGUAUUAUGUGGGCAGAGCCUUUUUGCUAAUCCCCGGCUCUCGGACGCAGUCAGAAGAUAGGUAAGAUUAGUCGGGGGGGAAUUAGGGGGAGCUCUGUGUUGUCUUGUUACAUGGGUAGAGUUGCGCGUUGCGUGUCUCGUUUGAUUUAUUUUUAAGAACAGCUGAUCGAUGAGCCAUCUGCCACAGCCAUGGCUGAGAUUGAUCAUUUCGUGGCCACUCCCACAUUGGAGGUGUUCGAGGAAUUUACCAAGGAACAGCUUGUGUUGCUUGCGGGCCAUUAUGGAGUGUCGUUGUCUAGCUCUGCAAAGAGAAAUAAAGGCGUAAUGCAAACGAUUAUACGAGACGCGAACCUCCUCCCGAGCUGCCUCCCAUUGGCUUGUCGUUUGAGCAGCAAAAAGAGCCUUUGCAAUUGCAAAUAGACAAAGGCAAGCUGCAACUUUUAGAGCGUGAAGCUCUUGUUGAAAAGUGCAGAUUGGAGCGCGAUAUCGAAGUUGGAAAACAGGAGUUUGAACGUGAAAAAAUGGCGCUUGAGCACAAGCGCUUAGCAUUAAUUGAGGAGGGUAAAUCAACUCCUAUUACACCUAUUAAUGGUGGCAAUAUUGAUGUUACGAGGUACCUAAGACUUCUGCCAAAGUUUGAAGAGUCUAAUGUAGAUACCUUUUUUACUUUAUUUGAGCGUGUGGCUGACCUGCACGAUUGGCCUGAUGCGACGCAAUGUUUACUGCUUCAGUGUGUUUUGAGUGGUCGUGCUGCCCAAGAUUAUGCAGCACUCGGUGUGCCCGAGAGUCGUUCUUAUUCGUGUGUGAAAGAAGCAGUGCUUAAAACCUAUGAACUCGUGCCAGAAGCAUACCGUCAAAGGUUUCGUGGAAUGCGCAAACGUUUUGGUCAGACUUAUGGGGUGUUCGCAGACGAUUUGUCUAUUCAGUUAGAUCGCUGGUGUUCGUCAUCGGAAGUUGAGUCGUAUGACGGGUUACGCAGUCUCUUUUUGGUGGAGCAACUCAAGAAUUGGCUCCCUGAGGAGAUGGCGAUGUAUGUAACAGAACACCAGGUGACUACACUUUCUGAAGCAGCAGUUUUAGCGGAUAACUAUGCGUUGGUCCACAAAACAAUGUUUUUUGGUGGACAACCAGUCAGUAAUGAACGUGCACAGUGGAGCCACCAAGCUCCCCGUAAAACCACGUCUAUUGCGCCCUCUGCUUCUGGUGAUUCAGGAUUUUGUGCUGAGCGCACUCAAAAUAAAAUAGAUCAUAACGUAACGUGCCACUUCUGCCUAGGCGAAGGGCAUACGAAAUGGCAAUGUGAGGCGUUGAAAAAGAAAAAGGAGAAUGAACAAAAAUAUAAGGCUAAAUUUGGUACCGCUACUCAGACUAAAGGCGCAGCACUAGGAUCUGCUUUGGCCAUAUCUCUCCCUAGUCAACCGAUUAACGUGAACGAGCCUGAAUUCGAAGUGAGUUUUUCCCCCUUUAUUUCAGAUGGCUCUGUUUCACUAGGCGCUGAUGGAGAGAAAGUGCCGAUUAAGAUACUCAGAGAUACUGGUUCGGUCGAAUCAUUUAUCUUGCAAUCAGUGUUGCCGUUCUCGCCUGCUUCCGACACUGGCCAGUCUGUUUUAGUGCGUGGAAUUAACCUAAAUGUUUUGUCUGUGCCCCUGCAUAGGGUGUAUAUAGACUCCGACUUGGUCCAAGGUGAGGUGGCUGUUGGCGUACGUCCGGCGCUCCCGUUACAGGGCACCGCCAUGAUUCUUGGUAACGGGCUGGCCAAGUCCAGGGUAUGGGCCAAUGCACCGCCUAGCGUUGAUAAGUCUAACCUAGGAGCUCUCUUUGAGGGGUGUGAGACCCCCUGUGUGCACCCAGUGGCUGCUGUGACACGCUCUGCCUCGCGGGCUGCUGCCAAAACAGGUGAUGGCGACAGUUCUGCGCUGCCACCGUUGCCUGGUUUGCCUGAUUCGAUCCCGAGAGAACAGCUGAUCGAUGCGCAACGAU